UUGCUGCGUAUGGGGCUGCGUAGACGCAAACCAGUCAGAGUGCCCAUGCUGACCCCUGUCCAUCGCCGGAAGAGCCAACAAUGGACAUGUGAGCGUCAGAACUGGACCAUGGAGCAAUGGAAGAAGAUUUGCAGGGAGGAGCACAAGAAGAAACACCCAGAUGCCAGCGUCAACUUCUCCGAGUUCUUUGAGAAGUGCUCUGAGCGAUGGAAGAUUAUAUCUGCCAAGGAAAAGGCAAAAUUUGAAGAGUUGGCCAAGCAAGACAAGGUCCGUUAUGACAGGGAAAUGAAGAACUAUGUCCCACCAAAGGGCAAGAAGAAGAAGCGAACAAAAGACCCCAGUGCUCCUAAGAGACCCCCAUCUGCAUUCUUCAUAUUCUGUGCUGACCAUCGCCCAAAAAUCAAGAGUGAAAAUCCUGGAUUGUCUAUUGGCAACAUAGCAAAGAAGCUGGUAGAGAUGUGGAACAACACAUCUGCAGAAGACAAGCAGCCAUAUGAGGAGAAGGCAGCUAGAAUGAAGGAGAAAUAUGAUAAGGACAUUGUGGCCUACCAUGGCAAAGGCAAGCCAGUUCCUGCCACAGCGACAAAGGCAAAGAAAAAAGAUGAAGAGGAGGAUAAAGAGGAAGAUGAUGAUGAAUAAAUUCGCUACGCAUAGAACCUAGAUUCUUGUUUAAUAUAACUGAGCCUCCCUUUCCCCUUAUAUACACUCAUUUAUCCAAAUAAUAAAAUGCAAAACAAAGUGUUAGGCUAUGUAUAUCAGAAGUUUUUAAGCUGGAUGGUUUUUUUUUUUUUUUUGUAAAGUUAGCACUGCAGAAGUUUCUGUUUCUUACUUUAGUGGUAGUUCAUGAAUUACUUGGCCGUUACCUGGCACUGGUUGUGAAACAACAUGCAGGAGUUGGGAUUCCAGUUGAUGCACAGCACAAAGUUUUAUUUUAUAUGGGGUAGUUGUUUGUUUGCAGAUGUAUUUUUGUUUUGCUUUUUAAAUCAAGUUUUGCCUUAACAUUAAGUCUUUUGCUGUACUUUGAAUAUCAGUGUAAUUGCAAGAAUAAAAAUGCAGCUCUUUUUGUUGACAUUCUGAAUGCUUCCAAAGUUAAAUCUUUUUGUAAAAAACCAAACUGAACAUAACUAUUCAUGAUUUCAGUGAGGUGCUGACCAAAAUGAUCAGUGGUCUAUUUUUACUUGAAUCAGGUGUUUAAAAAAAUGUACUGGAUGGUCUUACACAACUAAAUUGCUAAAAUGGGGGUGGAUACCCCCUCUCUCCAUGGGCUGAAGUGUAUGAUGUUUUUGAUUUGUUUUGGUACUUAAGCAAUUCAGGGAGUGAUUUACCUCAACUGACAUUUUAAAUGUAUCUCAUCUUUAGACUUAUGGAGAUUAAAAGGCUUGAAGGCAUUUUACAAGGAUCCACCUUGUACAAUGCAAAUGCUGUGCGCUGAGAACAGCAGGCACAAGUCCUCAGAGAAACAGGGUUGUGGUUCUGCCGCUGUUCUACCCUGGAGCAAGACAUUUAACUUAAACUGAUCCAUUAAAAUAACCAGUUCUAUAAAAGGAUGAAAUUGUGGAUUUGGACUGAAGUGUCAGCUAAACAAAAUGGCAAUAAAA